CAACAGUAUGUAUGUGCAUAUAUGUGUAUAAGUUCAUAGUUUAGGAUUCGUACCCAUGGUUACCCGAAUACCCGUGGUUACCCAGUGGGUAGGGUAUGAUUAUAUAAUUUUCAUACCCGGUGGUUAUUUGGUCGGGUAUUUUAGAAAGCUCUACCCAGCGAGUUAGGAGUUGGUAUAAGGUAAACCCGCACCUGACCCUACCCAUUGUCAUCCCUACAUACUGAUGAUUCAGUCUCAAUCUUGAUAACUACCAACUCUUUAUCAAAGACCUCGAUCAAUCUUUCGAUGACGACAAACCUUCCAUGACAGCUGCUCUGCUCCUUUCGUGCUCUUCCUCGUCGGGCUUCCUCGAUCAACCUCAGCGUUUAUUAGUGGAAAUUCUAGUGUACAUAGAAUAUAGACGGUAUCACUUAAAUCAUAUUGUAUCAGGUUAUUAUAUGGAUUAAAUUCGUAGGAAGAAUCCCACAAUGGAGUUCAAUUUAGUCGUUUUAGUGGAAAACAGGGGGGUGCUUAAACCAGAGACACCAUAAUUUAGUGGUUUUAAUUACUUUUUAGACUUUUAGUGGAAACCCCAAGUGGACGGCAAACUCCAAGAUUCAAACUUUGACCAGCCGGCGGCCACAGAUCCUUACUUAAAAACAGCGCCAAAAGAGGAAACUUACAACCCCCACUAAUCCGAAUACCCAAAUCCCUGCCCAGAGAACGAAAGACAAUAAUGAGCAACAAGGAGCUCUUGUUCGUCCCGGCGCCGACCGUCAGCCACGUCUCGCCGGCGGUGGAAGCGGCCAAGCUCCUCCUAACCCACGACCGCCGCCUCUCCGUCACCUUCUGCCUCUUCAACAUGCCCUUCGACCCAAAACUCGCCCAAUACAACUCCUCCCUCGCCCUCUCCUCGCCCCGCGACCCGCGCCUCGCGUUCGUCAUGCUGCCGGACGUCCGACCCGACCCGAAUUCGACCCGGAUCGAGCUCUUCGCCUCCGUCGUCGCCGCCCAGGAGGGCCGCGUCAGUGAGGUCGCCAGGGGAAUCGUCGCCCGGAGUACCGGGUCGGGUCGGCCCGGUGGCCCGGUGCUGGCAGGGUUCGUGUUUGAUAUGUUCUGCUCGGCGAUGAUGGGGACGGCGGCGGAGUUCGGGGUUCCGGCGUACGUUUUCUCCCCGCCGAACGCCACUUUCCUGGGAUUCGUCUUCCACGUGCAGAAGCUUCACGACGAGGAGCGGGUCGACACGACCGAGUUGCCGGACUCGGUCGGCGAGCUGGCGGUUCCUUGUUUGACCCGACCUGUGCCCAGGUGGGCCCUGCCUGACGUGGUGGCCGACAAGAUAUGGCUGCCGAUUAUGUUGGGACAUACUAGGAGGAUAAGGGAGGCCAAGGGUAUUUUGGUCAAUACGUUUCGCGAGCUGGAAUCGUAUGCGCUCGACUCCUUGGGUGGUGAUAAUUCCAUCCCUCCGAUCUACCCAGUGGGGCCUGUCGUGAACCUGGAGAUCGACGAUGUCGUUUAUGACGAUCGGACGAACGAGAUCUUUCGCUGGCUGGAUGAUCAGUCGGAGUUGUCGGUUGUGUUCCUGUGCUUUGGGACCAUGGGGAGAUUCGGUGGGGACCAGGUGGGGGAGAUUGCACGUGGGCUGGAGCGGAGUGGACAUCGCUUCUUGUGGGCCCUGCGUCGGCCUCCGUCGGAUCACGAGCCUACGGGCAGCGUUCCUGUGGAUUACGACGAUUUGACGGAUAUCCUUCCGGAAGGAUUCUCCGAUCGAACGGUCGUGACAGGGCGAGUGGUCGGGUGGGUCCCGCAGAAGGCGGUGUUGGCUCACAAAGCGGUAGGAGGGUUCGUGUCGCACUGCGGGUGGAACUCGAUCCUGGAGAGCCUGUGGUUUGGUGUGCAGGUCGCGGUGUGGCCAAUGUACGCUGAGCAGCAACUGAAUGCUUUCCAACUGGUGGUCGAGUUAGGGUUGGCGACGGAGAUAAAAAUCAGCAACAGGAUGACGGGCGAUGACAAAGAUAUCGUGAGCGCAACGGAGGUCGAGAAAGGGAUCAGACGUCUGAUGGAGGAAGGUGUGGAGGAGAGGCGAGGAAAGUUGAAGAAGAUAAGUGAGAUUGCCAGAAAAACGUUGAUGGACGGUGGUUCUUCAUUCACUUCGGCAGAUCAUUUCGUUCGAGAUGUACUUGAUUAAUAUCCCAUCGGCCAUCAUUAUCAAAAUAUCAGUUCCUCAUUGUUCUUAAGCAUGCCAUGUACAUGUGAUGGAAAAACAGGGGAGUUACGUUGCUGAACUACUUAUUAAACACAUGGCUUUCCGUUGGGAAAACAGAAGACUUGACUUCAUAAGUAAAUUUAGGUUCCCCAAUCAAUAAGAAAGCACUUUUUCAGUU